UAUCAGCGCCUCGCCUGGAGCCGGGAGAAGCCCGCAGCGUUACCUUUCCUCGCGGCCCGCCGCCCCUCACUCCCGCCCCUUCCGUGUUUUGGUCGCGCACGGGUUCCGUCAGUCGCAGAGGCAAUUGGCUGUUAGAGGGAUCCGAGAAUGGUGAUUGGCUGCCUUUGGCCGUCGCUCUAGCGCCCUCCCGGAGACCGGGAGAUCGUGCGAGGUGGGAGGAGAGCUGGGGACCCGGGAGCCGACAGGCGGGUGAAGGCCAUGCCGCCCCCUGGGAAGGUUCCCCGAAAUGAGAACCUGGGACUGCAGUGUGAGUGGGGGUCCUGCUCCUUUGUGUGCUCGGCCAUGGAGGAGUUCUGCGAGCACGUCACUCAGCACCUGCAGCAGCACCUGCAGGGCUCCGGGGAGGAGGAAGAGGAGGAAGAGGACCCGCUCGAGGAAGAAUUCUCCUGCUUGUGGCAGGAGUGCGGCUUUUGCUCUCUGGACAAUUCUGCCGCUCUCGUCCGCCAUGUCUACUUCCACUGCUACCACACCAAGCUGAAGCAGUGGGGGCUGCAGGCGCUGCAGAGCCAGGCCGACCUCAGCCCGUGCAUCCUGGACUUCCAGAGCCGCAACCUCAUCCCUGACAUCCCUGACCACUUCCUGUGUCUGUGGGAGCACUGUGAGAACUCCUUCGACAACCCCGAGUGGUUCUAUCGGCACGUGGAAGCUCACAGCCUGUGCUGUGAAUACCAGACAGUCGGCAAGGACAACCAUGUGGUGCCAUGUGGCUGGAAAGGCUGCACCUGCACCUUCAAGGACCGCUUUAAGCUUCGAGAGCACCUCCGCAGCCAUACCCAGGAGAAAGUGGUGGCCUGCCCCACCUGCGGGGGCAUGUUUGCCAAUAACACCAAGUUCUUAGAUCACAUCCGUCGUCAGACCUCAUUGGAUCAGCAACACUUCCAGUGCUCUCACUGUUCCAAGAGGUUUGCUACAGAGCGGCUGCUGCGGGACCACAUGCGUAACCAUGUGAACCACUAUAAGUGCCCUCUGUGUGACAUGACCUGUCCGCUGCCAUCCUCCCUCCGGAACCACAUGCGCUUUCGCCACAGCGAGGACCGUCCCUUUAAAUGUGACUGUUGUGACUACAGCUGCAAGAAUCUGAUCGACCUCCGGAAGCACCUGCAUACCCACAGUGAGGAGCCAGCCUUCAGGUGUGAUUUUGAGAACUGCACCUUCAGUGCCCGGUCACUCUGCUCUAUCAAGUCCCAUUGCCGAAAAGUACACGAAGGAGACUCAGAGCCAAGGUACAGAUGCCAUGUGUGUGACAAAUGCUUCACAAGGGGCAACAACCUCACUGUGCACCUUCGCAAGAAGCACCAGUUCAAGUGGCCCUCUGGGCACCCCCGUUUUCGGUACAAGGAGCAUGAAGACGGCUACAUGCGGCUACAGCUGGUUCGCUAUGAAAGCGUGGAGCUGACGCAGCAGCUGCUGCAGCAGCUACAAGAGGGAUCAGGCCUAGGAGCAUCACUGAAUGAGAGCAGCCUGCAGGGCAUCAUUCUAGAAACAGUGCCAGGGGAGCCAGGACCCCCGGAAGAGGUAGAAGAGGAAGAGGAGGGCAGGCGUGGUGAGGGGACAGCCCCCUCGGCCUCUCAGGACACUUCCAACCCUGUCGUCCAUGGGGAGAAUCAGACCAGCGUCCAAGGAGAACGAGAGAUCGUCUACUACGUGCUGUCUGAGGCUCCGGGAGAGCCCCCCCCAGCCCCUGAGCCCCGCUUGGGGGAAGUCAUGGAAAAGCUUCAGGGAAUAGCUGAGGAGCCAGAAGUCCAGAUGGUGUGACGGCUGCAGAGCCUGACCAUUGCUGCCCCCAGGCCCUAGGGUUUGAGCCGGGCUGGUAGCAGUGCCCCUGGUGGGCAGCCCUGCCAAUGAAUGCCUUUAGGAGUGGCGCCCAGGGCAGUGUGGUCCACUCUGGACCUGGCUCGCCUCAUUGGGCAGUCUCAGAGGACUGCCCUUCUCCACCACCACAUUGUGGGGGGAUCUGAGGAAUUUAGAUUCUUUGAGGAGGGCACCCUGGUCGUGUGUGUGUUAUAGUAGAGGGGCUAGUGUCGGGCUUAACCACAACCCCCUAGACGCGCUGGAACAGUGAUUAAAAUCCUUAGUCAACUCACAUCCAUUCCCAUCUCUGGGGUCCUUAGGCCCAGGGAUGACACAUAAGUGGUCCCUGUAAGGGCCCUUUCCUCGCAGCCAGCCAAGGCACAGUGAACCAGGCAGCCAUUCCCCUCUAAACACUUCCUUCAACAACAACCGCAAGAACUUGAUGGUUUUCCUCAGGGAUGGGAUUGGAGGCACUGAGUGUGUGCUUGUGUCAGUUGUUUUUGGUAAUAAAAGAAACACUUAGGCUGUUA